UAUAUAUAUAUACCUGUAUUGUUCUCCUUACUAUCUCUUUUAUCUCUUCUUUCUUUUUUUUGGCUGCUGCUGUGACACCCUAAUUUCUCCAUCUGGGGAUUAAUAAAGUAUUAUCUUAUAUUAUCUUUAAAUAUUUAUUUUCCCGCUGACAUUUUCUUUUCUCUCUCUCUCUCUCUCUCAACACUGAAUUGAUGAUAGAAAUGUUGAAGUAAAUAAAAAAUACAUUUCACUGAGACCGACACGGGGUUGUACCAAUCGGAUUCAAGUGUCUCAUCCGGGCACUGUAUUCUGUGUCCACUCAUGCUAGCUAAAGACGGUGAUAGCUAACUGAUUAAUUAACCUUUUUUUCUUGUAACAUCGGAAACCUUUAUGUAUCUCUAACGUAUCUAAAGCACGAAAUAGAAGCGACCCCUUUGCUAAAGUGUUAGCUGGGGAAUUUUUUAAGCGAAUCGGUAGCGCUUCACUUCCGGCACGCGAAUAUGACGUCGUCUGCCAGAUGAAUUUGGCGCGCGCGAGUCGAGCAGCUGAGCGGUGAGCAGGGUUAAAAUGGCCACAGCGAUAUACCUGGAGCACUACCUGGACAGUAUUGAGGGUCUUCCCUUCGAGCUGCAGAGGAAUUUCUCCCUCAUGACUGAUCUGGACAACAGGACUGAAGAGAAGAAAGAGGAGAUUGAUGGUCUGGCAUCUGAAUACAUGGAGAACGUGAGGAACCUGUCGCCUGAGGAACGCGUGCAGCACCUGAAGAGGAUCGAACUGGCCUAUAGCAAGUGUAAAGAGUUCAGCGAUGACAAAGUGCAGCUCGCCAUGCAGAUAUACGAACUGGUGGAUAAACACAUUCGGCGUCUGGAUGCUGAUCUCGCACGCUUCGAAAACGAGCUGAAGGACAAACUGGACUCGAGUGGCCCUGAGAGCUCCGACGACAAGAAGAGCAAAAAGAAGAAGAACCUGAAGGACAGAAGAGGAGGAAGUGGGAGAGAGAAGAACGGUUCUGAUCACGACUCUCCCAAACACAAAGCACAGAAGAACAGUGAGGUGCUGCUGAAUGUUCACUCAUCUGAUGUACUGGACAUGCCUGUAGACCCCAACGAGCCCACCUACUGUCUGUGUGCUCAGGUCUCCUACGGAGAAAUGAUCGGCUGUGACAACGCUGAUUGUCCCAUCGAGUGGUUUCACUUCACUUGUGUCGGUCUCACGACUAAACCCAAAGGAAAAUGGUUUUGUCCUCGCUGCACACAAGACAUGAAGAAGAAAUGAGGCCUGUGUUAUGGUUCUUGCACUUUAAUCAGAGCUUAUAUUUCACUCAGAGAGACGUUGUGAUUAAUCAACACCGACUUCCAAAAAUAAUUGUGAUUUUUUUUUAUGCAGAUUAUGCACUGUCCUGUUUGAACCAGGAAACAAUUUCGUUGGAGAUUUUCUCUUUAAAUGUGUAUUUUAUUAAUAAAGUUUCUUUAACAUUA